AUGGUUAGCGUCGAUGGAAAAGAAGUAAGAAGAUUCAUAGAUCUAGGCAGUGAAGUAGUAACAAUGAGAAAACGCAACGCACACAAUUUAAAUUUAGGGUACAUUCCUUACGCAAUUCAAUUGAAAGGAUUUGGAGGAAUGAAGAGCUGCACAAUUGGUAAACGUCAAAUAACUUUAAAAAUCGACGAUAUUGUAGUUGAUGUAGAAAUGAUUAUCGGCAAUUCUGCCUUUAAGGAUCCAAACAUCCUAUUAAUUAAGCAAGGUGACACUUUAAGGAUUCAAUGUACUUUGCAAACCAUUGCUAACGAGAACAAUGUCCAAGAAAACGAAAUAAACAAAGAGAAUGAAAAUGUAAAAGUGGACAAAGGCGAUGAAGACGAUAAGGAAAAGAAUGAAGAUGACUACAGAAGAAGUGAGGGUGAAGAGGAUGAAGAAGAGAGUAAGAUGGAAGAUGAAGAAGAGAACAAUGUGGAAGAUGAAGAUAACAUGAACGGGAACCUAACUAGAGAAGAAUUGAAUGAAGUUUUGCUUCAAAAUGACGAUAUAUUUGCCAGAAAUUUUAACGAAAUCGGGCAAACUAAAUCGACGGAAAUGGUUAUUGAAUUAAUCGACAACGAACCAAUAACAUGCCGACCAUAUCGUACACCUUACGCGAAAUCGUAA